AUUUAUUUUCUCUCUCUGCUAUCUGAGCUCAAAGCCAACCCCAUUUCUCUCUCCAUCUCUCUAUCUCUCUCUCCGAUUCAAACCACCACCGCUCCGGCCGGCGACGGACUCCGAAGAUCAGCUCCGAGCUUCAUUCACGGCGUCACUGUAAUUUUGAUUUUUUAAAAGAACUUUAGCUGCUGCAAUUUUGUGGCUGGAUUAUCGAUGCCUGGAAACGAAGUUGGAGACAGGGUCCACAAUUUCUUUGGCCAAGAGAACUUGUCGCAGGGUCAGCGUCAUCCGCAGGCCACUGACGGGAAUUGGCCUGGUCUAAGUAACAAUUUGUGGGUCGGAAACCAGCAACAAGUUGGCUCUCCUGUUAAUUCAAGUUCAAAGAGUUGCAAUUUACAACCAGUGGCAGAUUCUGAGAGAAGGCAUGGGAGUCCGUCUUUGCAUGUGCCUCAUGGUUUGAAUUUUAUGCAAUCAAAUUUGAGACCGGAGUUUGGCAGAGCUCAGUCCCAAAUUCAACAGCCGACUGCAAAUGGCUAUAUGCAUGGGCAUCAGAUGUUCCAGACAAGACAGAAUGAAGCUAAUUUUCUGGGAGUGGACACAGAGUCUGAUAAGCAAAAUCUAACAUCAAGAGGCUUGUCUACACCUGAAUCACGAGGAAGUGGUCCUGAACUUGCUAACAAUAAUUCAGCGAGACUGGAAACUUCAGAAUCUCCUGUUGGUUUUGAUUUUUUUGGUGGUCAACAGCAAAUGAGUGGGCAGCAUCUCAGCAUGAUGCAGUCUUUGCCAAGGCAGCAGCAACCACGUAUUAGUGACAUGCAGCAAUUACAAAGACAGGCAAUGUUCACACAAAUUCAAGAUUUUCAAAGGCAGCAACAACUUCAACAACUAGAAAGGCAACAGCAGGUUUUUGCAAAUCAAGCUUCCUCCAUUGCAAAACAGGCUGCUGGUAACCACUCACCUGCCCUGAUGAAUGGUGUCACAAUCAAUGAGGCAUCCAAAAAUCAAUGGCCACCUAAUGUUGUGGCAGGUAACACAAACUGGCUGCAGCGCGGUGCUUCCCCUGUUAUUCAGGGGGGACCUAGCGGUCAUGUGUUGUCCCAUGAACAAGCUCAGGCAUUGCGCUUGAUGGGCUUUGUCCCCCAACAGGCUGAUCAAUCUGUAUAUGGUGUUCCAAUUUCGAGCUCGACCGGAACACCAGGUUCAUAUUCUCAUUUUCAAGUGGAAAAACCGGCAAUGCAGCAGGUAUCAAUCAGUCGUAAUUCAUCUCCAGGUAAUCAGUAUGCUGCAUUUUCAGGCCCAGUCGGCAUGCUAGAUGGAUCUCUGCUUUCUAGACAGGAAUUUCAAGGGAAAAGUACGAUUGGACCUUCGGCUGCUCAAAGCUUGAACAGUGGAUUUAAUUUGGAAACCUUGCAUCGAGUUAAUUCCCAACAAAGAAAUGAACCCAUAGAUGAAUUCCAAGGGAGGCAAGAGCUAGUUAGAUUGUCAGAACCAGCACCGGAGAAAGCUGUUGGGCAGGUUGCACCCUCACAGGGUGUGGCCACCCUAGAUCCAACUGAAGAAAAGAUUUUGUUUGGUUCAGAUGAUAAUCUCUGGGAUGCUUUUGGCAGGAGCACCAAUGUGGGAAUGGGAGGUUCUAGCAUACUGGACGGUGCUGAUAUCUUUGGGGGACUACAAAGUGGAACUUGGAGUGCUCUUAUGCAGUCUGCUGUUGCAGAAACUUCUAGUGGUGAUGGAGGGCUUCAGGAAGAGUGGUGUGGUCCUAGUUUUCGAAACUCAGAACCUCCGGUUGGGACUCAGCAGGCCUCAAGUUUUGGCAGUACUAACAAACAACAAUCUAGUUGGGCUGGUAACUUGCAUUCAUCCUCUGAUUUGAAUUCUAGACCCACUACACACUUUGCUGAUGCCAAUAGGCCCAGUACCAGUGGUAGUUUCUCUAGUAUUCAAGGAUUUCAGCAAUCAGGACCUAAAUCUUUGCAUGAAAGAGGAGACAUUUUUCAGACUGAUUCUUCUCACAGGUUUGUGACACAGAGUCCUGAACAAGGAGGUAAAUGGUUGGAUCACAACUCUCGACCACAGCCAACCGCAGACGGUAGUCAUGACAACUAUGGAACUAUUAGUCAUUCGUCAGGUAGGGAAAUAAAUGCAAAUAGCCUUUCAAGUUCUUGGAACCGUCAAGAAAGAGGUUCUUCACAAGAUAACCAGCCAAAGAAUAUGUCAAAUGGUUGGAAUUUUACUGAAUCUGUGUCAACAGAUGGGGGUAAUAAUCUGAAAAAUCAUGGGAAUCAGAUCUUAUCACGGCAUGCUGAAGGUGGAGAACUUAAGAGAGGCAUGCAUGAAGAAAUGAGCCGAGCUGCUGGUAUGUGGAAGACUGAUUCUGCUCCACACUCAAAUGUCGAAGUGGCACAUGCAAAGUAUGCUAGCCCACAAAUCAAUAGAGAAGGUUCAAGUAUAAACAGUGCUGCCAAAUCAAAUUCCAGCACUGGAAGAGCCUACCGUGAAAGCCAGCAACAUCUUACAAACAAUUGUGAUUUCUGGACACCUGUUGAUUCUUCAGUGAACACUACAGGAAAAGAGGGUCUGGGAAAAAAUCAGCAUAAUCUGGACAAGAACCACCUGAUUUUGGAGUCAUCGGGGAACAAUUUUGUAGAGAAAGGGGUAGUUGAAAUGCAUGGUAUGGAGGACAACAUUACGCAGGAGAAUUCUAAUGCGUAUCUCCAUGCUUCUACUGGGGGCAUGAAGCAAAGUGUCGUCUCAGAUGCUGGCAAUUCACGUACUUUACCUGGAAGCAAACAACACUCAUCGGGCAACGUUGGUCGCAAUCCCUCUGCAACUCGCAAGUUUCAGUAUCAUCCGAUGGGGGAUGUUGGCCUCAAAACGGAACCUUUUUCUGGAAGAAAACACGUGACACAUUCACAGGCUAUGUCCCAACAGGACCCUCGAGGAUUGAAAAGCCAUAACCAAGGGAGUUUUGGGCAAUCAAAGUUUAUGGGUCACGCUGAUAGAAAUUCUAUGGAAAUAGAAAAGGCUAACAUAAGAGGUCUGGACGAGCCACCUUCAAAAAGCAUGCUUCCAGGUUUUGCCCCAAGUACGUCUACUCCAUUUGACAGAUCUACUGGUAAUAAAAACAAUACCCCAAACAAGGCUGCAUCAUUAUCAAGUCAACAUAUGCUUGAACUUCUUCACAAGGUGGACCAACCAAGGGAGCAUGGUAAUGCUACUCACUUCAGCCCUUCUGAUCGCAACAUGUCUUCUGAGAUGCCUGAAGUGGAAACUUCUGAUGGAUCAGUAGGUCAUAUUCAGAGAAGUCAAUCAUCUGUCUCUCAAGGUUAUGGUUUACAGCUGGCUCCUCCAUCUCAACGGAUUACACCCGCAAACCAUACCCUGUCAUCUCAGGAUUCCUCACAAGCAGAUCUGGGUUCAGGUCGUGUCCAUCCUGAGAUGGGAGAAAAAAGUCAUGCAUGGUUAACCUCAACAGCAGCUGUUCAGUCCUUGCCAUCCUCUCAUGACGCAGCUCAAAGGGAAUUAAGAAAUAGUAUCUCUGGUAGCUCAGGACAUACAGGAAAUAAGGCCCUGGCCCCCCAAUACCAUAUUCAAGGAGGUUUAUCUUCAUCUUCUGAAUAUGGUUAUCCUCAUUCAAGAAGUCAACUUGAAAAUCAGCACCUGACUGCAGCAAGUGGCCAAGUAAAUGCAAGCCAGUCUGUUAGUAUACCUUUUGAUAGGCUUGCAUUUCGUCCCCAACAGUUGGGUGAAUCUUCUGAGAGAGCUCAAGCUAAUCAAUCUCCUGUGUCAUCAGUGCAAGAUAAAUCUGAAAUUGCUUCACAGGAUAACAUAAAUUCUGCUGAGGCAUCAGUUCUGAACAUGGCUGAACAGUCCAAUUCAAGAGGUGCUGCCCCAAAAAUCCCAGAAACAGAUGCCGAGCCUUCUGGUACAUCUGCCCAUCAAGGUGCUGUUUCUAAAGUGUUGAAGAAUGUGUGGACCAGCAUUCCAUUUCAGCAACCUCUAGUAACUGCUGAACCUUCUAAGGCUCAAUCUCAGUUAUUUAAAUCCCAGUCCCAGCUUCAAUCAAAUAAUCACUUCAUAACAAGUUCUCACGAUUCACGAAAACUCAAUGAGCAAGAUACCCAGGAAAGAGGGAAUGGCUUCUCUGCAUUUGGUGUAUAUAGUUUAGAUUUGCAAAGCUCCGGUAUGAAAGAGCAGCCAUCCAAACAACACAACGGGCAGCAAGUAUCAGUGGAGAACAUUCAGACUGGUCAAAAGAUCAAUGUAUCACAGGGAAAAGAAUUAAAUGCAAAUAAUCUUGAGGUUUCUGCUUCAAACUCUGCUGCUACUCAAAGAGAUAUUGAAGCUUUUGGUCGUUCUUUAAGGCCAAAUAUCAGUUCCCACCAAAGUUAUUCUUUGCUGAAUCAAGUACAGGCCAUGAAAAGUACAGAGAGUGAUGGAAGUGAUCUUAGUGUGAAGAGAUUGAGAGGUCCAGAUUCUGGUGUGGAAACUCAGCAGGUGAGUCCCCAGGGAGGACCACAAUUAUCUUACGGAUACAAUACUAUGAGAAGAGAUUCAUCAGUUGAUCAUACCCCACCUCCUGGAGAUCCUAAAAUGCUAAGCUUUGCAUCAAAACUCGGGGAUGCUCGACUUUCGAAUGCAUCUAGUCAGGAUAUGUUUGCAUUUAGUCGGAAGAAUCCUCAGAGUUCUUCUAGUGGUAGUAAUGCAUCUUCUCUCAGAGGUGAACAGUCUCAAGUUAGUCCUCAGAUGGCGCCAUCCUGGUUUGACCAGUAUGGAACCUUAAAAAAUGGGAAACUAUUGCCAAUCCAUGAUACACUUAGAGCCACUAUGAAGACUAUGGAACAACCUUUCAUUGCUGGAAAGCCAGGUGAUCUUCAUGCUCGCCAACAGAUGGAGGAACCCAUUGCUACAUCCGUUGCUAGUACUACCCCACAGUGUUCAGCUCUGAAACCUGCUUCCAAUGAGCAAUUAACUCCCCCUCUUUUACUGCGUCCUGAUGCAACUGACGAAGCUUUGACUGUUGAUAGACCAAAGAAGCGUAAAACUGCUACAUCGGAACUUUCACCAUGGCGUGAAGAGCUGACCAAGGUUUCCCAAAAGCUUCCAAACAUGAGAGUGGCAGAUGCAGAGUGGGCUCAAGCAACCAACCGACUGGCUGAGAAGCAGGUGGAAGAUGAAAGUGAGGUGAUUGAAGAUGGACCGCCAGUGUUUAGGUCCAAAAAGAGGCUUAUCUUGACAACACAGCUUGUGCAGCAAUUGCUUCGGCCUCCGCCUCUAGCAGUUCUCUCUGAAGAAACGACCUCUUCCUUUGAGAGUAUAACUUAUUUUGCUUCUAGACUGUCACUAGGUGAUGCCUGUACUGCAGUUUCCUGCUCUAGAAAUGAUAUUCAAUCCCAAUCACCACCGGACCAUGCAAACUGUUUGCCUGAGAAGCUUAAAACACCGGAGAGAGUUCGUCUUUACUUCCCAAAGGUUGUGGAAGACUUUAUGGACAAAGCAAGGAAGCUGGAAAAUGAUCUGUUGAGACUGGACAAGAGAACCUCCAUCUUAGACUUGAGAGUGGAAAGCCAGGAUCUGGAAAAGUUUUCUGUCAUCAAUCGGUUUGCUAAGUUCCACGGGCGACCACAAGGUGAUGGGGUUGAGGCCUCAUCAUCAUCAGAUGCUCAUUCGAAUGCUCAAAGAACCUGCCCCCAGAAAUAUGUUACUGCACUUCCAGUGCCUAGAAAUCUGCCAGACAGGGUACAAUGUCUUUCACUUUAAUCAUUAAUUGAUUAUUUUUUCCUCUCGGCCAUUUGUCUCCCCAAGCCCUCUUCAGUCUCUGGUAAACUUUUCAACUUAUUUAAACGGGUCUUCGCAACAGCAAUUACACAAGUGGGGACGUAGGAGGAGAAUGAAUUGUAGAAUGUCUCCUUUUAAGUAAUGGAGGCUUCUAGUUCCUUGCAGUAUAGACCAUUGAUGUCCUUUUUGAGAAAUAUAAGAUGGUCUUUGUAUACUGUGAAAAGUCUAGAAAGUAACUGCUAUGCCCCAUCAAUUUUUUGGCUCAAGGGGAAGGAUAGAACCGCAGACUGGUUACUCCAAAUUGUACA